UACACCAUGAAGCACUGGAGAGAAGACUGGUUUUUUGGUUACCAAUUCCUGAACGGCUCAAACCCACGGAUGAUUGCCAGGUGCAAAGAGGUGCCCUCAAACUUCCCUGUCACUGGAGACAUGGUACAGUCCUUUCUCAUACCUACAACCACUUUGAAGGAGGAACUCAAGAAAGGAAAUAUAUUCCUGGUUGACUAUGCGAUAAUGGAUGGGAUUCCUGCCAAUGUAAUCAGAGACAAGAUACAGCACAUAGCUGCCCCGCUUUGCUUACUGUAUGAACACCCCGAGAAAGGUCUCAUUCCCAUUGCCAUACAGCUUGAACAGAAACCUGAUAAGGACACACCCAUAUUUCUACCUAGCGAUCCCCCUUUGGCCUGGUUAUUGGCUAAGAUGUGGGUUCGUCAUGCUGAAUUCCAGAUCUUUCAGGUGUUAUCACAUCUGCUACGCACACACUUGGUGGUAGAAGUGAUCUGUAUGGCCACCUUGCGUCAGCUGCCUGCUGUUCACCCUAUAUAUAAGCUCUUGACUCCACACUUGAGGUAUACGCUUGAGAUUAACUGUCGUGGCAGAACACAGCUCAUCUCCCCAGAUGGUAUCUUCAAAAGGGUGGUAUCAACAGGUGGAGAUGGACUCUUGAUUUUGGCAAAGAGGGAGUAUAAGGUAUUGACCUAUCGCUCCCUCCAGCCCAGAUUUGACUUCUUGGACAGAGGGGUUACUAAGCUAAGAGAUUAUUUCUACAGGGACCAUUCUCUGAUGCUGUGGGAUGCGAUUAAAAAUUUUGUUUCAGGAAUCAUUUCCUUGUACUACAAGAGUGAUAGUGAAGUGGAACAGGACUCAGAACUGCAGGCCUGGAUUAAUGAUGUGGCUGUGGAGGGCUUUGUGGAUGUGCCUAGUUUUGGCCUAGCCAGCGAGCUGAAGACAAAAGAAGAACUGAUCACACUGUUAAGCGUGGUAAUCUUUACCAGCACAGCCCAACAUGCUGCCACCAACAACGGACAGUUUGAUUGGUGCGCAUGGGUUCCCAACACACCUUGCACCAUGCGGCACCCUCCACCAACAGAUAAGGAUGCUGUCACCAUGGGCCUGAUCAUGGACACACUCCCUGAUAUCAGCCAGUCCUGUGUGCAGAUGGCCAUCACGUGGCAUUUGGGUCGGGCACAGCCAGAUGCGAUCCCAAUGGGUCAGUAUGUGGAAAUGUACUUCACUGAGCCUGCUGCUUUGAAGGUGAUUGACAAAUUCAGAAAGAAGCUGAAGGAACUGGAGGAGCAGAUAAUAUCUCAGAACGAGGGACGGGAACUCCAGUACCUUUACCUGUGUCCAAGCCACAUGGAAAAUAGCAUCACCAUUUAGAGAAACUCUCAUUUGAAUUGUAUAUGUAUAUAUACAUCAGUGAAAAUUUUCCAGAGUAGCUAAGACUUAAAAUUAGCACUUUUAAUUAACAACCAAAGUGCCUUUCCUAGAUAUAGCCUUGAGCAAUGCCUGUCUCGGGAGUUGCAUUUAUUGCAGCAGAAACACUGUCGUAAUUAUAUCAUUUAUUUAGUUUGUAACAUUUUUCAAAGCAUUGUUGCAAUUUUUUUUCCAUUAAUUUUAGAGGGUUUUUAUUUAUUUUACUUUUUAAAAUAAUAAAAAUAGAUGCAUUUAAACUUUAUAUUUAAAGGGACUGUUUGGAUUGUACUAUACUGGUUUCUCUGGAUAUUUAAUCACUGUAUUCUUGAUCUUUCCAUCAGCGUCAUACAAUGCACUUUAUAUGAAAAAUGAAUUAUUAUUACUAUGAUUUUUCCUAACAGCUAUAUGAAAAAAAGUCCCUGUACAGUUCAUUUACAUUGCAAAUAAAGUCAAAUUCCAUUUAUUUCAUCUAGAAUUGUUUUAAUAUCAUUUUAUUUCUGCAUCAAACAUUCAGAAGGACUACACUUACCAAUUUCUAUAGUGACAAACUGUAUCAAGGCAAGAUCUUGAGU